AUGUCGGUGAUUCAAAAAAUGUCAGUUUUUUGGGAACGGGGGAAUUCGGUAGAAAGAACACUUCGAAAAAUCCAAAAAAAGUCCGAAUCGAAUUAUGACGUGGCCUUAAGGUUUCUAGUUUUCAAAAAAGGGUACUGUAGCUGAAUUCUAAUGCAUCUAUUCAUUUGCGAAAAAAACCGAAAAAAAUGUAUUUUUUUUACAAUAUUUUUCUAUUCACCAAAAUGCACGAAAUAAAUGUCAAUCGUGACGAGACCCACACACAUUUCAAGGAGAAAAACAUUCGAGAAAAAAAACAAGAAAUGAAAUUUUCGAAAGCAUGUAUUUUUCACACUCGUUGCCUUGAAAUUAGUGUGGGUCUCGUCACGAUUGCAUGUAUUUCGCGACAAUUUGUGAUUUUGGUGAAUAGGAAAAUUUUGUAAAAAAAUACAUUUUUUUCGUGCUUUUUUGCAAAUGAAUAGAUGCAUAAGAUCACAUAGAUUAAUUUUGGCUAAUGAUUAAUUUUGGAACCAAAAAUUACCGUACCUCUUCCAAGAUUUGACUAGAAAUCCGAAAAAUGGCCUAGAAAAAAAACUUGUAGAUCAAAUUUUGGAGCUUUCUGAACCUCUAUAGAACCCUACUUAUUUCUACUUAUUUGAACUCGAAUGACGUGGAUUUUCAACAGUUUGGUACAAAAAUUUGAAUGUUCAUUCAGAAUUUCUGAAAUUUUAGAGUUCACCCCCAUAUUUUUCAAUCCAAAACUUCCAUUCAAAUUUUUUGCAGAGGUCAAUUAAAACGAAGAAGAGAAAAACAAAUAGCAUACAUUCGACAAUUUGAUGAAUUUCAUAGUGAUAUUAAAGAUGGUAAAUUUUCUAUAUCCUAAAAUCAUUAGUUACACUAAAUCAUUGCAGAUGAAAUAUUCAAGUGCAUUUCAAAUGUUUACAACAAAUCAAUUCAAAAUAUGGAAACACCAACAGCUCCAAUGUGCAAAAAACUAUUAACAGUUGCAAUUAUUCAAAAAACUGUGCGAUUUUAUACUUCGGCAAACGAAUCUCGAUGUUAA